UAUUUCUCCUUGUUUUGCCAAUAUGGCGCCUUUUGUGUUAUGAGAUGACAACAUCGCAGUUUGUGUCCUAUUUAUCAUUAGAUCUUAAAAAUCAACAAUAAUUAUCUACCUCAUAAGUUCAAAGAAAAUCGGUAAUUGUUAUGGAAAUAGUAUUUACGUGGCAACGUGCGCUAUAACUGUUGUUUACGCUUACGAAUGCGUCUGUGGGAAAAGUACUUGGGGUCCCGUAAAAAUGGCGGGUGUGUUAUCUUUAUGGGUUGUGUUUUCCUUCCAAUCGGAGAAAGUUGAUGAUUCGUUCUAGGAGUGGUAUUUUACUGACGAAGACUUGUUAAACAUAUUGAUUACGGAUUUUGGACACGGAAUGUGUAACUUGGUAUUUUGACAUUAGAAGUGUUCGGUUUGGCAAGAGGGGUGCAAUAAAGUCAUCGUUUUUGAUGAAAUUAUCAGUAUGUCGCGCUGGGGCAGAGGCCGUGCCGGCAGCGUGGCCGUGCCGUUGGACAGUGCCCUCUUCAGAGAGAACAGUAACUGCCCCACAGCUGCUCGCUCGGCAGGAACAGUGGGCAAAUGGGGAAUCACCAGCUUCACUUCAAUCAGAAGCGCACCUUAUGCAUUUGCUAAUAAUGUUGUCAAGAAACCAGUUCAAGAUCAAAACAGUCCGCUGACAGUGCCAGCAGUUGAAACUGAACAGCCGCCACCAAAGCCUAAGAAAUUCUUCAAGUCUCGAAAUGCCGAGGCUUACCCACCAGUUCCACAGAUCACCUACGCUCCUCCUGUACCUGCUGCCCCACUUUCACCUGAGCAUCCUUCUAAUAGCAAAGAAAAGAAAACCAAUAAAAGAAGUAGAGUCUAUAACAGAGACUCAUCAUCACCAGAACUUCCUAGGCGCAGUUUUGAAAAGUCCAAGUCGAAGAAAAAUUCUGUGGCCACUAAGGCUUCCAGAAAGGAGGACCCAUCAUCAGAUGCGCAACCUCCAAACAAACGAUAUUUGGUCCGCAAUCGGGAUAAAGUUAUCAAUUAUGCUGAAGAUGGCAGCAAUAGUCCUAUACCAGAUUUUAGUAGAUAUGAACCUCUUCAACCAAAGCUAAACAGAGUUACUCAGAGCCAGUCCCCGAAAAUUCCGUCACCCAUGGCUAGUCCAGUCUUGGCUAGCCCUACUCCCAUAAAAACUGGAGUUGUCAGUCCAUCUACAAGCAAAGACUCAAAUGAAGAGAGAAAACCACCACCUAUAGUUUUGAGGAUAUCUAAAGGUACAUCAAGAAUCGUUAGUACAGACUCCAAUGAAGGCUUGACGUCUCCUGGUUCUGACAGACAUUCCUCUUUGGAUACACAUUCAGAUUUUGGAUCUGAUCACAAGAAAAGCCCUUCAAUGGAGACAAUAUGCUCUCCUAAGCAUGAAGGUCUGAAAAUUACUAUUAAAUGUGCUGGUCUCAACCAAGAAAGUAAGAAAGAAAAGAAAAAGGAAAAGAAAGAACACAAGUCACAUAAAAAGCACCAUAAGAAUACUGAUGAUGAAUCUAAGAAAAUUACUUCUCCGUUACCAGGUUCAGAUGCAUAUGAUAUUUAUAAAACACUUGCUUCACCUGUACAUAAUCCACCAUUAUUACAUAGACAUUCAGGAGUUGAUGACAUUGAAAGUCAACUAGAAAAGUUGGAUUCAACUGGUAACAAUUCCAAGUCACCUAGAUUAGAAAUGCAACCGAAAGAACCUCCACCAGAACCUAAACCUCCUGAAGCGUCAGGUGGACGGUCAAGAAGGAACAGACCUAAUAUUAAUUAUAGUGAAAAUGAUGACUAUCUAGAUGUUUUAACUAGUGGUUAUUCAAAUAAAAAUGCAGCAAAAGCAAUUGUUGAACCUAAAAAAGAAACUAGGAAAGGGAAGAGGAAGUUUGAAGCACCACCCAUACCUGAGACUACGCCUGUUGUUGAGCCUGAGAUUACUCAAGGAAUUGAAACUGAAUCUGAAAAUAAGUUGGAGAAGAACGACUUGCUUAACAUAUUAUCUAGUGAAACAGAAGUCACUAAACCAGUUGAUUCUCUCAAACUGAAAAUACAUAAAAAACACAAGCAUAAACAUAAGCAUUCAAGUCCAGACUACAGUGUGGAGCUUCCGCAAGAAAACAAUCUACCUCAAGAGGAGGUUGAAAAUAAUCAGGAAGCGAUGCAUACAGAACAAGAACAAACAGAAGAGGAUCAAAUGCCGGAAGAGCAUAUGAACGUAAAUGAAGACCCGGGUAUUUCUCAAACUAAUACACAAUCGACAGAUUCUGCAUACAAUAGCUGUCAUAAUGAAGAGGAGGAUACUAAUAAAAUUCAGCAGGAAGAAGUGUUUAAGUCUCCACAAGGGAUGGGUGACUCUGAGGAGCACAGUGAAGACAAGCCUAGCGUAAAGUUAGUGAUCACAAAGAAGAAGGGUUCCAUAUUUAAGAGCAAGUCUUUGGUAAAUGAUAAUCCAUCGCCACUGCCUGCGAGGAAAAGACGUCAUCUUUAUAGACAUGAAUGGGCUAAUGAUAAGGGUAAUGAGACUCCAAGACCAGAACAAGCAGAAAAUCCAGAAGCUCGGACCACUGUUAGUCAAGUGCCAGAGGAGUUGACCCGAGUAACUAGAUACAAGGCCCCUGAUCCAAUAGUUGACGAUCUAGACGCAGGCGAGACAGUGAAACCUUACACAAGUGUCCGAUGUGCAAAGGAGGCUAAAGAAUUCUACACAGUUGUCAGAAAUGUUAAGAAGGCCCAUCAAAUUCAAGAAAUUGGUGAAUUCCAAGAGCUAAAUGAUGAUGUGGAAUACCUUUUAGACGCGUUACAGGACAACAAUCCGAUGUCAACGCGUUGCCUGUCGGCCAUCACGCUAGCUAGCAAGUGCACGGCGCCCGCGUUCCGAAUGCAUCUGCGCGCUCACGGCAUCGUGCAGAAGUUCUUCAGUGCACUGCAUGAUGCCACCAAUGACCAGAGUCUCGGCUUGUGCACCGCGACGGUGAUGUUUGUGUUGUCGCAGGAUCGACUCAACAUGGACUUAGACCGUGAAUCGCUGGAACUCAUGCUGAAUCUACUCGAGUCUGACGUGUCGCACAAGAACGCAUUGGACGACUGCGGGCUCACAUCAGCGCAGCUGGCCAAAACGCAAGAGCGCGUGCGCGAGCUGUGCGCAGAGAUCAAAAGCCAAGGGAAGGCCCAGCACUUGGAUCUGGAUAACAUAACGGUCGGCCACCUCGCGAUGGAGACUCUUCUCUCGCUGACGUCGAAACGCGCUGGAGAGUGGUUCAAAGAAGAGUUGCGGGUACUGGGUGGCGUGGACCACAUCGUGCGGACUAUCCAGGACUGCGCCGAGCGGCUAGAAGCGCCGGCAGCUACUUGGAGCGCUGCUGAUGUUGACGUGUUAAGGAAGGCAGACCGCUGCAUGCGUGUGUUGGAGAAUGUCACUCAACAAAACGAGGACAAUCAACUAUACCUUGUCAGCGAGUCGCUAGGAGCGCCGCGGACGCUUGCAGCGUUACUGAGGCGUUGUGCUGGCGAGGCGAGACUAGAGAGCGACCUACGCGGUCCGUUAUUAGACGCCGCGCUGCCCGCCAUCAAGGUGCUGGUCAACCUGUCACACUCCUUCGGCAAUAAUGUAUCACGAGGCGCUCAAGUAGUGGGUGAACAACCGUCUGUUAUGGAGAUCUGCUUGAUCCUGUUACAAAAUCAAGGGAACUUCAUACCAGAUGACAGAAACUUCGAAUUUAGUGUUUGUGUACUUCUCCUUCUAAUAAACUUGGUGCAAAACAACGAAGUGAACACGCAGCAACUUCUCAACGUACGGAUUCGCGUCGACAACGAAGAAGACGUCAUCUCGAGGAGUAUAUCUGCGUUGGACCUUAUCGUUGAUCUGUUCCACAUACGGGAAGACUUGGCCAGGCGAGCUGAAGAAAACACAGACGCUAUUUUGGACGGAGAGAAAGACAAAAAGCAAUCUCAAGAUGAUAUUGACGAAACUGUGGCUAAACUGCUGGCCAGAGCGGGCACUCACAUGGAGCAUACCAUGGUAGGCGCGUACGUGGCGCUCCUACUUGGCCACAUGGCCAUAGUAGCGCCUGAACUGGCCGAGGCUGUGAAAGCGCGCGUACCGUCCUACGCGCCUCUGCUGCCUACGCUGCAUAAAUACUAUACGUUCUUGUCUCUCACCGCCAGUGCGGAGGCAGCGAUAGUAGCGCACGUGAAAGCAACGCACCGCAUCAUCCAGUUCAUGGAGGCGAGCGACAAGGCCCUCCAGGCGGGCCCCGCCCCCCAACCCGCCGCCCCCGCGCCCUUCAGCACCUACCCCGCGCGGUACUACGCAGGCUCCUCCCCCUCCGACGUGCCGCAAGACAUGUCGCUCAGCAACCUCAACUACAGGUGGGUUGCUACUAAAGCCCGGUCUGUGAGCACGUAGAAUUUUGUCCAAUGACCCCUAGCUACCCAUCCUUAUCGCUCGCGCGUAAUUAUAUUGCUGUCGCGACUGU